CCCAAGUGCCCCCCACAGUCACAGAGGAGCCCUACGAAGGGAGUGAUCGCAAGAGUCCUGCACUGCCAUCUAAAAAGCCCAUGUCCCGAGGGGACCGCUUUUCCGAGGACAGCAAGUUCAUCACUGUUAACCCAGCAGAAAAGAACACCUCUGGGAUGAUAAGCCGCCCUUCCCCGGGGAGGAUGGAGUGGAUCAUCCCCCUGAUAGUGGUGUCAGCCUUGACCUUCGUGUGCCUCAUCCUUCUCAUCGCUGUGCUGGUUUACUGGAGAAAAUGCUUCCAGACGGCUCACUUCUACGUGGAGGACAGCAGCUCCCCUCGGGUGGUCCCCAAUGAGAGCAUCCCCAUUAUCCCCAUCCCGGAUGACAUGGAGGCCAUCCCGGUCAAACAGUUUGUGAAACACAUCGGGGAGCUCUAUUCCAAUAACCAGCACGGCUUCUCCGAGGAUUUUGAGGAAGUCCAACGCUGUACGGCUGACAUGAACAUCACCGCAGAACAUUCCAAUCAUCCAGAUAACAAGCACAAAAACAGAUACAUCAACAUUUUAGCAUAUGAUCACAGCAGGGUGAAGUUAAGACCUCUACCAGGAAAAGACUCUAAGCACAGCGACUACAUUAAUGCAAAUUAUGUCGAUGGUUACAACAAAGCAAAAGCCUACAUCGCCACCCAGGGACCUUUAAAGUCUACAUUUGAAGAUUUCUGGAGGAUGAUUUGGGAACAAAACACUGGAAUCAUCAUUAUGAUUACAAACCUUGUGGAAAAAGGAAGACGAAAAUGUGAUCAGUAUUGGCCGACCGAGAACAGUGAGGAGUAUGGAAACAUUAUUGUCACACUGAAGAGCACAAAAGUCCACGCCUGCUACACUGUUCGGCGUUUCUCGGUCAGAAACGCGAAAGUGAAGAAGGGUCAGAAGGGAAACCCCAAGGGCCGUCAGAACGAGCGGGUGGUGAUCCAGUACCACUACACGCAGUGGCCUGACAUGGGCGUCCCCGAGUACGCCCUCCCCGUCCUGACCUUCGUGCGGAGGUCCUCGGCCGCCCGCACGCCAGAGAUGGGCCCAGUGCUGGUGCACUGCAGCGCUGGCGUGGGCAGGACAGGCACCUACAUAGUGAUCGACAGCAUGCUGCAGCAGAUCAAAGACAAAAGCACAGUGAACGUCCUGGGCUUCCUGAAGCACAUCAGGACACAGCGCAACUACCUCGUCCAGACGGAGGAGCAGUACAUUUUCAUCCACGAUGCCUUGUUGGAAGCCAUUCUUGGAAAAGAGACUGAAGUAUCUUCAAAUCAACUGCAUAGCUAUGUGAACAGCAUCCUCAUACCAGGAGUAGGAGGAAAGACACGACUGGAAAAACAGUUCAAGCUGGUCACACAGUGUAAUGCAAAAUACGUGGAAUGCUUCAGUGCUCAGAAAGAGUGCAACAAAGAAAAGAACAGAAACUCUUCGGUAGUGCCAUCUGAGCGCGCUCGAGUGGGCCUUGCACCGUUGCCUGGAAUGAAAGGAACAGAUUACAUUAAUGCUUCUUACAUCAUGGGCUAUUACAGGAGCAAUGAAUUCAUUAUAACCCAGCAUCCUCUGCCACACACUACGAAAGAUUUCUGGCGAAUGAUUUGGGAUCACAAUGCACAGAUCAUUGUCAUGCUGCCGGACAACCAGAGCUUGGCAGAAGAUGAGUUUGUGUACUGGCCAAGUCGAGAAGAAUCCAUGAACUGUGAGGCCUUUACCGUCACCCUUAUCAGCAAAGACAGACUGUGCCUCUCUAAUGAAGAACAAAUCAUCAUCCACGACUUUAUUCUGGAAGCUACACAGGAUGACUACGUCCUGGAAGUCCGGCACUUUCAGUGUCCCAAGUGGCCUAACCCAGACGCCCCCAUCAGCAGUACCUUUGAACUUGUCAACGUCAUCAAGGAAGAGGCCUUGACAAGGGAUGGCCCCACCAUUGUCCACGAUGAGUAUGGAGCGGUCUCAGCGGGAAUGCUGUGUGCCCUCACCACCCUGUCCCAGCAGCUAGAGAAUGAAAACGCCGUGGAUGUUUUCCAGGUUGCAAAAAUGAUCAAUCUUAUGAGGCCUGGAGUUUUCACAGAUAUUGAACAAUACCAGUUUGUCUAUAAAGCAAUGCUCAGCCUGGUCAGCACUAAAGAAAAUGGAAACGGGCCCAUGGCAGUGGACAAAAAUGGUGCUGUUCUCAUUGCGGACGAAUCGGACCCUGCCGAGAGCAUGGAGUCUCUGGUGUGACUGCGACCUGCCAGGCGCCUAAUUUGUAAAACUUCUGAAGACUGAGAACUUUUUUGAGGCCUUUUUUGCCAGACUCUAGGUUAUACAAUAACCCAGUUACUUUUUUACACUGAUAAAAGUUUUGAUAUUUAUUUUUUGCCAUUUUAUGUCUUAAUGGUAUCCUACUGAGCAUUUGCACCUCUGUUCACCCCCACCCCCCGUGAAACGCAGUUUGACCUAGUUUGCACUAUCUGAUCAGUGUUACUGCCUAUAAUCUAAUACUAAAGCAAACCCUGGUGUGACAUUCCGUAACAACAUACAUGCUACUUUUUUAGUUCAGUACAGUGAAGGUCUUUGUUAUGACAGUGAAUCUUGGUUCUAUUAUUAUUCUUGCUAAAGCAGUUACAUUCUACUAGCAGGCAAUGCUGUGUUUUUCCUCAGCCCUCUUCUGCUAUUUUUUUUUUUUUUUAGACAUUGUUCAAUGCUGUAUGCCUUCUAUAUUUUAGUGGAUGAGCAUCGUUUUCUUUUAAAGAAUAGUAGGUUGUUGGGAGCUACUAAGAAGGUCGGUCAACCUCAUGGCCUUGAAACAGUUCCUUGUAUGAUGGGGAAGACAUCGAUUAAGAAAUUAGAAGGUUUCAAAGUUGCUUCAUGUGAACAUCACCUAUUAGUUACAAACGUAUAUUCAUAGCUUAAAAAUGCCCAACUGUGUCAAAAUAAAGGAUAUCUCUGAAUUACGAUUUUCACAGUAGCUAUGUGGACAGUGUGUGUUAUUUCCAUCUGACUCUGAAAUAGCUCCACCCUAAAAGCAGGACUACCUUUUACAAUAGAGAGAUGGCAAUAUUUUACACAGCUCAGCUAAGAAACCCUUUAGUGACUCUCCAUUAAUGUUUCGUGGUUUAUAAUUCCAUACCUCACGGCAGGUGGAAUAUGAAAAUUUUUGCAGGUGUGUAAUUUUGAAACUAGUCCUCUAAAAUUCCUAUUACUCGUAUCGCAAUCUAAUAAAAACUACCUAUCUAGUUAACAUUCUUUUCUUUCCUUUGCCAAACGUUUCAUGAUAAAUCUCAUAAUUACAUACAUUCUUCUACUUAGGAUUAGAAUGAAAAUAAUGUAUUAGCAAAAGUCUAGGACCAUCUAGACUCCCACAUGUGGGCAAAUCAGAUUUGGAGAGAGGAAAAUAGAAUCUUGGAUAAAAUGUGAUAUCUACAUUUUCAAGAUGUAGUUUAGCCUCAAGAUCAGACAUACUUCAGUAAAAGAGGCUGAUGAUCAUCACACAGAGCCCAGGGCCUAACCCCUGGAGCCACAUUCACCCCACUGUACAUAAUGGGAAAAUUAGGAACAUUAUGAGGAAUUUCAGUUCCGUUAGAAAAAAAUAACCUACCUACUGAGAUCUGUUUCUCCUAGUGCUUGUUUGCUUUCGAGGGACAACUUCUGUCAGGAGUGACAUCACCGCCAGAACUGGACCUGUUAAGAAAAAAAAAAUGGUUUUGAUUAUUUUUUAUGUCAAUAAACUUCAACAAAAAGUC